GUGUGUUAUUAAAGUGAGAAUUUCAAAAUGGCGUAGCUGUCAAUUUUCGCGCCUUCGUUUUUGUAAACAAAAACAAGUGCGCGUGACAAGUGACAGAUCUUUAAUUGCGCGCCAUGUUCAACUUCUUCAAAAGAAAAGGCGGGAAGGCCGAAUCGUCGCCCGAGACCUCACGGAGACAGCCGAGCGACACCAAACCAUCCUCAGUCGAAGCUCGCGCGCCGCGAAAUGACAAUGACGUAACGAACGAAAAAUCGGUUCCACGCAAAGAUGUAGUUAACCUCUUGAUACCGGAGACUGAUUACAAUCAAAGGACCGGCGUCAGCGCCAUAUUACAAAUCAUGGCGGGCAAACGGAAAAGGAACAAAAGAAAACGGGACUACAAAAUCGAGAGCGAUACGAAACGAUGCAGCGACGCGACGCCUACGCCCGCCGAAAAUAAUCGAGACGCGCCCCAACCGUCCGACGAUCCGGCCGACUUCGUUAAAGCACUCGUGCUGCAAAAAUACGCAAAACCCGAGCCCAAACAACAACACGUGUCGCUAGUUUACCUAUCGAACGAGCCAGAUUUGGAAGACAAGCGACAUGCGGAGGCAUUGCUGCGCGAGAUCGCCAAAAGCAUCGAUUGCACUAUCGACAAAUUAAAUGAGAAGCAAAUGGGAACCGCGGACAGUAGGGUCGCGAAGGAAGCGCCGGCUUACGAGACAGUUGAGAACAAAUCCAUCGAUACAUAUAAAAAUAACCUUAAAGGUGAACUAGAGAAGUUGAUACAGGACGAGAACAAAGACGAGGACGCGAGAAACGACAAAGAGAGUUCAGAAUCGCCUGCGACCAGGAAGUCGAAUUUGAAACCGCCGCGCUCGGACAACGAAGGUUGCUCGGAUGACGAUCGUUCUGACAACGGAAAGAAACGCGUUACGUUCAGAAAACACAUAAUCUUCGACGAUGGCGAACAACAAACAGACGAAGAAGUAGAUUCAUCAUUCGAAUCUCUUACUUCCGAAGAAGCUGACUAUCUAGAAGAUUUGCCAGAUAACGACGAGCUUCUAGGUGGUUAUGUUGUUUCCAAAAAUGAUAAUAAAACUGUAAUAAAUGUUAACCAAACUGAACCAAUAAUAAAAGUUGAGUGCGUUGAUGACUUGCGACGAAUAACGAGUGACAAUAGUGACAGUGGAUUCAUAGAAGGUGAUAAGAAUGAAUCGGGUGAUGAAACUAGUGAUGUUAAGAGUAUCGCAGAGAGUGAAGGGGCUAGUGAAUCGGAGGAAGAGAUUGAGGAGAUUGUUGAGGAGAUAGAAGAAGAGAGCGAAGCAGAAAUCGUUGAUGCAGACGAAGAUGUUAAUGCAGAAGAAUCGAAGGAUCUCGUGACUCAGGAGAGCCGGUUCCAGUCCCAAGUGGCCGCGUUAACUGAGCUGGCGGACUCGAGAUGUGACGAGGCUGAACGAGCCAGGGAACUGAUCGUCUCUUACAGAAAAGAUAUAGAAGCGAAAGACCAGGAGAUCGAACAAUUAAAAUGCGAUUUAGCAGCUGCGUACAAGGAGUCGGAGCUCGUCAGACAAAGAAGUCGAUCGCUUGAGGAGGAACUGUCGGCUGCGAGACGAUGCUCAGCGGAUUUAGCUGACCAAUUACAGAGAAGAAUAGAUGAAGCCAAAAAACAGCUACGAUCAGAACUAGAAGAUGCUCUCACACAUCGAGCCCAGCUGGAGACGAAAGUCCAGGCGUUGGAGCGGGAAAAGGAAAGGUUGGAACAAGAGAAACUCCUGCAAGAGCAAAAGGCGAAAGAGGCGUUAGAAGCAGCGGAAGAGAAUACAACAAAAUGGCGCCUAGCUCACGAAUCAGCGCGAUCACAAGCCGCGUCGAGGGCGGAACGGAUUCUUGCAGACUGCGAAUGGAAGAUGAGAGAGUUGGAGAAGAGAGCAAGAGAUGCAGAGAAGGAGAAGAAAGAGUUAUCAGAAUCCCUAGACCAGCUUAAAUCAUCACCACCAACACCCUCCCACGUCGCUGAACUCCAACAGCUACGAGGCCUGGCUUCAGAACAACAAAGAUCAGUACAGUCACUGACCCUACAGCUGCAGAAAAUAGAGACAAGGGAAGAAGCGUUAAAGUUGGAAGUACACAGGUUAAAGGAUUUGUUGGAAAAAGAAGGGCAGAUCAGGAGAGACAGAGAAGAACAGCAUUUGCAGGCAAUGAAUCGCCUGGAACAGCAGCAUUCUGAUAAAAUAUCAGCGCUCAGAGCGGAACACGCGGAAGCCGUCGCGAACUCGGCGAGCGCCCGCGCGGCGCUCGAGCGCGCGCACGCCGAGCGCACGCGCACCGCGCUCGCGCAGCUCCGCGCCGACGCGGAGAAGGACGCCAAGAACGCCGAGCGGAAGCUACGGGAACUCACUACGAGGUUCGAAAAUCUCAAAGAGGUGCUAUCGUCCAAGGAGUCACAAUUCGAGAGCGCCAUAGCUGAAGCUAAUAGCAAAGCCGACUGGGACAUUUUGCAGCUCAGACAUUUACUAGACAAGGCUGACAUUAACUACGCGAACAAUAUUGAAGAGAUGAACGAGAGAUUUGAAAAGGAAAAAGAGUCAUUAAUAAAAGAAUGGUCAGAGAAGCUCCAGCAAGUUGAGCACGAUGCGUCGAUCGCGGUAGACGAUGCGAGGAAACUUCUAGAAACGACUAGAAUUACGCUGAUCGCGGAGAAGAAUGAUCAGAUCAACAAGCUAAAGGAGAAACAUCGACAGGAGAUGGAUGACCAAUGGGAGCAUUUUAUGACGGACAAAGAGAAUUGCCUUCAACGAAUGAAACUGGAAUGCAGGCAAGAGGGAGAAGAGGAUCGGGCUAAGAGGGAAAAGGAUCUAAUGGAAGAAAUAGAAGAACUGAAAGCUCAAAUACAUUCGAAAGUAGCAGAUUUUGAUGAGCUAUCAUCAAAAGCCGCCGCCUGCGGACGAACGUUGGCAGUCACUGAACAAGAAUUGAGAGAAGCGCUAGAGCGAGAGAGGGAGCUACGAGAGAAGAGGAUAGAAGACGCGUCGAAUAUGAAGCAGAAUCAGAAAGCGUCGCAGGAGCAAAUCGAUCACUUAACAAGAAAGUGUGCGUGCAUAAGGAAACUUUUCGACGACAUUCGCGCUCGUCUUGCGGCUCGAGAACGCACCGCUGAGCAGGAAGCUCGCUCACGGGAAAAGGAGCUCAACCACUUGCGUGCUGAGGUCGCGAGGCUCACCAAGCUACUCGUGGAACAGAGUAGUCCAAAACUAGGAGCUCGUACGCGUGCGGACGGUUGUGAAAACUCAAUCCAAAAUGAGGAGUCUUUUUUAUCCAGGAACGGGCCUCUAGCGUGUGAGACGCAACUAAACGCGCCGAGAAGGAAAGGUGGAACUCUCCGUACACCGGAACUUGCUAGGAAACGUCCAACAUUACCGGAUUUACAACCUCUCCCGCCAGAAGCGCGUCGAACUAACAUGGACAUAGAAAAUGGCCGACGACGCGCGAAAAGCGUCGACCUCCCCGCUGUACAAGUUCCUGUUCGAAUAAAACAACUAGAAGAAAGAAAUAAAGAAUAAAAUAUUAUAACGA